GGGAGCUCGAGCUGGCUUACAAGCGGAGGCGCGCGCACCGAGCAGGUCAUGUCAUUAAAGAUGGAGAUGGAUGUCAGUGGAGUGUCCAGGGCACCCAUAUCCAUUUUACCUGCUGCUGCUGAGGUCAAAGCUACGCUGAAGCCCGAAGCGGACAAACCGCGCUGCUCCAGCACCCCUUGCUCGCCCAUCAAAAGUACUGUUUCAGGAUACCAAAUCCUCCACAUGAACUCCAACUACCUGGUGGGCUUCACCACCGGCGAGGAGCUUCUCAAACUGGCCCACAAGUGGUCCGGUCCUGAGAAGAGCAACAUAGAGGCCUUGCCCAGUCCUGUCAAAAAGCCUGUGGAUUUGGGCCUGCACCGCGCCUCGCGGAUUUACAAAGCCAAAAGCCGCUUCUACCAGCCCUACGACAUCCCGGCCGUCAACGGGCGAAGGAGGAGGCGCAUGCCCAGCUCGGGCGACUCCUGCUUCAGGUCGCUGGUGGCCGGAGAGCCCAGCAAGGCUCUACACGGGCCCCUGCCCCUCUGCCUGCUUAAAGGCAAACGGGCGCACUCUAAGUCCCUGGACUACCUCAACCUGGACAAGAUGAGCCUCAGGGAGCCGGCAGACACCGAGGUGCUGCAGUACCAGCUCCAGCACCUCACCCUGCGGGGAGAGCGCAUGUUCAGCAGGAACAAAACAUGAGCGACCCUGGCACAGGCCGCUAGCAUCCACAGCCAGGCCCCUCACCCGCAGGGGGAUUUGGCUGCUAUAUUUGGGCCUUGCGUUUCUUCACUCAGAUCAUAGGCAGUUCCUGUAGUAAGGCACCCAUAGGCCACUAAUUUGUUAUUUUAAGAACUGUUUGUUAACCAGGAAGUUUCGAUGAGGCACCGCCAGGCCCGACUAACUUAAACAUUAACCUGUGAACAAAAACAGAGAAGUUCUUUUGAUAGUGUGUAUGUGUGUCCAGGGGAUACGUUAAGUGUGAGGGUUGAGGUCGUUCAGGAUUAGCAAUAAAUGACUUGCUUAAUAAUUGCUACUACUGUAUGUGCGUGUACACCUGUGCUAAGGUGUUAUACCUUUGUGUGGAAAUGCCUCUUUUGCAGAAAACGUAUGUAUGUAUGCUCUGCACUGGAUCGCACUGUUAUUACAUCUGGAUAUAUAUAUUUAUUGUUUUUUGUUUUUUUUUUUAACCUGGUUAGCAUAGCCCACUGUGUUGUUCUCCUAAUAUUAGCGUACUAGCAUUAGCAUCCUCGCUCCUUUAAAUGUGUCAUUGGGUGAGCUCACCUUCACUCCUCAUUUUGCCUCUGUCUGGCCAGAAUCUUUAUGUAAAACACUGACUGUUACACAAUCUGGAGGUUAUUUAAGACAGUGCUGGGAGAGGAUUUGAGCAGGAGAGGCUUAUCUUCAGAGAACCUGAGCUGAGAUUAGCACCUCAUAUACACACUAUUAAUCCCCCUUUCCAUUUUUUUUUACCCCCGCCCCUGCCCCAUACGCCGCAGGACGCCAGUCGGAUUAUUUUAGUCCAGGUUUUUCAGAUUGAGUAAUCCCUCAUGGUUGGGAAUUGGUUUCAUGAUAAAAUGAAGGAUCUACAUGGACAAUGCCAACAUUACGCUUGUCCAUGUAUGCACACAUUUCAGAAAUGAAACUACUUUUCUGUUUAUUUCUCAUGUUGGUGCACAGCAUUGCUCCUAAAACAAACCAAAGGAUGAACUUUGGGUGUCCUGGGGAAAACUUGAUUGCUAAUGUGAUAUAUUUUUUUUUUGUUUUGUUUUGUUUUUUUCUUUAUUUGUGUGUGUGUAACACCUGACAAUCGUAUCCAAAGUUUUUUACCCAAUAAGCCACACAGCUGUAAACGGUUCAUAUUACUCAUAUUUUGGUGCCAGUCAGGCAUGUUUUCCAUGUUAAACAUUUUGUGUCUUACUAUUUAAAAGCUAUAAUUGGUGUAAUAUUUAUUGACUAUUGUUAUUGACAAUACUAUCACCGCCACAGUUAAUAGUGUGGACCUGUUACACUGGUUUGAAGCAUGCAAUGAAAUUUUUUUAAGACCAGCUUAUUUAGUACAUUGUUUUUCUCUUUUAUUCAGUCCCUAAACCUCUACUGCUGUUGUUGUAAAUGAACUUUCUUUAUAGUUAUGUUUUAUUUUACUCCUCCCUGUCUCUUAAUGAUGAAUUAUGACUUCAAAGUUUAAAGGUACAAUCAUUUUUUUUUCCAAACACUUGACUCAUAUUUGCAGUGAUAAGGAGUUGUACAUACAAGUCUCUUCUAAGUGGGUUAAGCAUUGCACUGAGGGCUUUGUUGGAAGCAGUGCACCUUUUGUUUAUUCCAGACAGGCUUUGGAGGAUUUAGGAGUAGUGUUGGGUAAUAUCCUGAUUGUACCUUUUAAUUUUUGGAUUAUUAAAUACCUGUUUAGUUGACAUGACAUGCACUAGUCCUUAUCUUUUUUUCUUUUUUUUGCUGUGGAUGAGAAAUACCUUCUGUGAAUGCUGAGAAGAGCACCUUAGAGUUAGCAACAGUGAUAUUAUGGUGGUAUUUCCUUUUGUCCUGACUGAACUGCAUAUUGAACCUGCGUAGUUUUUUGAUUAUUUGUUUACAUAUUGGGUGUUUUAUUUUGAGGCUGGAAUACUGUUAUGUGAUUGUGUUAGAUUUAUUCUUUGUUGUUUUUUGGAAUUUUUGAUUUAAUUGUGCCAGAAUUUUCCAUAAUCAUAAUGGAUAAAGGCUGCUGCUCCUGGCUGCGCUGAGCUCUGCUAUGUACCGUGAAUCUCAAAGUAAGGGAGCAGGAAAUUCUUAUUGUGACUCAGGACUGAGCCUGACUAUUUCUCUGUUCAUCAGUACAGUAACACUAAAGAAAUGCACUGCUCAUUGUUUUCAGUUCACGUGGAGUGAAGUUUUCUUACCAGUUGAGGUGUCACCUAAAAUAUCUAUGUGUACCUAAUGAGAACACUAAGACAAAAUACAUAAGACUCAUUUCAUAAGAACAGCGUGUAGGAUUAUCGCACUGGGAUGCUCCUGAACUCUAAAGUCUUAACUGGAAACCUUGUUUAUGAUGUAACACAUUUUUAUUGUUUUCGAUCACCAUGAAAUCCUACAGCUUUCUCCUUUUAACAUGAAAAAAAUGUGAAUGUGAUUUAAAAGGCACAAAGUUGAUGAUCAAUUUUAGCUUUGCAGUACAUCCAUACUGCGCUUCUGUGUGAUGAAAAAGACAUAGGGAGCCACCAUAGGUCACAGUGCCUACAUGCAAUCUCUGCGUACUGUAUUUCAGUCUUUUCCACUAUUUGACACUUAUUUAUUUAGGAUAUUCACAUACUACUGGCAAAAGCUGUGCUUCAUUACUCUUGUAUUCUGUAACCUGACUGCUUUUUAGUUCCCCUUUCUUGGUCCUGCUGAGUGUGUCUGUGCCCUGCAAUGCUUUUGUAUGUCCUAAGUUUAACCUUAAACUUAACAUUAUUAAAACACUACACCCUA